GUUAUAUAUAUUUUUUUUUAAAAUCAAAAAGAAGAGAAAAUCUACAGUGAACCCUUAUAUAAAAGCUUCCAAUUUGCACCCUAGAGUGAAAAAGAUUGCAGCUUUUGCAUCCAAAUAGUGAAAAUUGAGGUAUAUUUGAAGUGGGGUUUGAGUAGAAAAGGAUAAAGAGAGAUUUAUCAGGCAGCAAAGGCUUUGCCGCCGGUGAAAGAAUUUCGUAAAACGAAUAGCUAAGCAGUUAUCAGAACUCUCCACUUGAAGUUUGCUGCUUCCCGAGCUACUUUUUUUAUUGAUACUCAGAAAGACAUCAUGGCUGUUUGUGGUUCAAGGACUCAUAUUGGGCAUUUCGUUGGCAAUAUGACUGCUAGGCGCCUGCAGUGUAGUUUGUCAGUAAAGGGUUGUACUGUUUCUUACAACAAAAGAGGCUUACAAAAUGUUAGUAAAGCUAACAUCAAUUUGGGAAACAAAGGACGGCCCAACAACUUCAUGCUUUACCAAUAUUUGACGACUAAUGUUGCAAAGAGGAGGACUAACCUCAAUCCACACAAAGGCUUUGGAUUGGAAGGUUUUCGCAAUUUAUCCCACGAAUGUUUCUAUUCUGGAACUGCCUCUGCUUCUAAUGUGUCUUCUGAUAAUUCUAAGGGCACGGAACAAGUUGUUGACGUUGUUAAUUCUUCUGAAGCACAGAUCCCCUUGCAGCUAAACUCGGGAUCUUUUUACCUACCUCAUCCUGCUAAAGCAAAAACUGGUGGAGAGGAUGCUCAUUUUAUUUGUACCCUUACGCCAGCAAUCGGUGUAGCUGAUGGUGUUGGUGGAUGGGCUGAUCUUGGUAUUGAUGCUGGACUAUAUGCCCGUGAAUUGAUGUCUCACUCUUUAUCUGCAAUUCAAGAUGAACCAAAAGGUUCUGUAGACCUAAUCAGAGUGCUGGAGAAAGCUUACGUGAGAACAAAAGCAAAAGGCUCUUGUACAGCGUGUAUCGUUGCACUCACUGAAGGGGGUCUUUAUGCAGUUAAUUUAGGAGAUAGCGGAUUUAUGUUGGUUAGAAAUGGAUGUGCUGCAUUUAAAUCCCCUUCACAGCAGCAUGGGUUUAAUUUCCCAUAUCAACUAGAUUGCAACAACGCAGGUGAUUCACCUAGCUCUGCCAUGGUAUUCAAAAUUACUGCUUUACCUGGAGAUGUCCUAAUUGUUGGUACAGAUGGGCUUUUUGAUAAUUUGUAUGACGAAGAUAUCAGUGGAGUUGUAUUUCAGGCCAUGGAAGAUGGCUUAGCGCCUCAGAUGACUGCUCAGCGGAUAGCAGAACUGGCACAACUAAGAGCAAUGGAUCAUAUCAAGUCUUCGCCUUUCUCUGAUGGAGCUCGCGAGGCUGGAUUUGAUUACCAUGGUGGGAAGCUGGACGACAUCACCGUAGUUGUUUCUUACAUAACAGAGUAAAAUUGAAAAUCCACACCAUGUCACAAUAUUCAGUGAUACUAUUGGAACAGAAUCAAAAGCUGAAGGAGAGUCAUACAAUACAGCAACUUUGAUUUGUUUCUAAAACAAAGACACACAAAUCAAAGACAAGAAUGAGAAGGCUUCAGCAGCAUCUUGGGUCUAGCUCAGUUCACCUCAGUUUGAUACAAGUGUUUUACUUUAUGAAAUUCAAAUAGCAUGUUGGGAUCAUUAACAUUUAUUUGAUGGAGGAUUUUCUUCUGUA